CAUUCGUUUGGAUUCACUCCACUUUCUCAUCACUCACGGAGCGGCCGCGCGUCCUGCUCCGAGCUGCUGGACCCGGAGCGGACAGAGUUUUUAGGCUGCAGCGCUGCGACCGCGCGUCAGGGUGGAAACUAAAGCGGACGACCGCAGCUGGCGACUACCGGAACCUACCGGACCUGGCGUCUGUCGCUCGGGUGAUUUUUAAGCGUUUUGCCUCAUUUUUUUUCUUCUUUUUUUCUUCCUCCUCCUCCUCCACCUCCUCUUCCUCCUCCUGUCCUGGGGCUCCGUCCACCUUCCACCUCCACUUCCACUGCCACCAGCGGAGAAGGAUGCUGCUGCUGCCGCUGCCGGUGCGAGCCGUCCAGUGGUAACGUCCCCCCCCCCUCCUCCUCAUCACCCCCGCCGGAAUAGCAUUGAGUGACGCCCACUCCCCUGCGUCCGGACGGGUGUCACCCCCCCUCCCGCCCCACGGCUGGACUCCGGCUCCGCUGAGAGAGGAAGGACCUGCGGCUUGACGCGCAGCUAGCGCUCGUCACGACAGUAAAAGUGGACAGAAAUUGGAGGAAUAACUACCCCCGCUUUUCUGACUGGAUUGUUUGAUCUGUUUUAAGACCCCCGUGUUUAAUCUCGGCUGUGGAUUCUUAAUUUCUUUUUUUAUUUUUAUUUUUUUUUAUACCUGGGGGUCUGGAACGGCUCCGUCUGGAUACCGAGGAGGAGCGGAGCCUGUAGCCGGGCUGGAGCGCUCUGAGCUGGGGAACCGCGCGGCUCUUACCCGGUCCAGAGCGGUGUUGUCUGGCAGAGACAUGGCGGCGCUGAGGUGGGAGGUUCCGCUGCUCCUGGCCGUCGUCCUGCUGGCGUCUUGCGGCGUCGCGCAAGCCGACACCGAGAUCUUGUAUCGGGUUCCCGAGGAGCAGCCGCCAAACACGUUGAUCGGCAGUCUGGCGGCCGACCAGGGCCUCCCCGACACCGGCCACCUCUACAAGCUGGAGGUUGGCUCGCAGUACCUGAGGGUGGACGGCAAGACCGGCGACAUCUACACCACAGAGAUCCCCAUCGACCGCGAGACACUGAGAGACUGUCGCAACCUGUUUGAAGGAGACAAAUGCUUCCUGGAGUUUGAGGUGUCGAUCACUGACAUGGUGAAAGGCAUCGGCUCGGGGCCGAGGCUGAUCGAAGGUCGCAUCGAGGUGCUGGACAUCAACGACAACACGCCACAGUUCGCCUCGCCCAUCCUCACCCUGUCCAUCCCCGAGAACACGCACAUCGGCGCCCUCUUCUCCAUCCCCAUGGCCACCGACAGGGACUCCGGCAUCAACGGUGUGGCCGAGUACUCCCUGACCGCCGGGCCCGACGCCGACCAGCUCUUCAGCCUGCAGGUGGCCGUGGACUCGGACGAAAAGCUGCCGCAGCUGGUCGUCAUGGGCAACCUGGACCGCGAGAAGAAGGACUCGUAUGACCUGAACAUCCGGGUGGUGGACGGCGGGAGGCCGCUGAGGGCGAGCAGCGCCCUGCUCCGCGUCACCGUCACCGACCAGAACGACAACUCCCCCAAGUUUGAGAGGAGUCACUACGAGGCCGAGCUCCCGGAGAACAGUCCGCUGGGUCAUUCUGUGCUGCAGGUCAGAGCCAACGACGCAGACACCGGCACGAAUGGAGAGAUAGACUACAGCCUCCAUCAGGCCUCGGAGACGGCCCAGAGGCUUCUGCGCAUCGACCGCUCUACGGGCAUCAUCUACGUGAAAGGACUGGUGGACCGAGAGGAGGUGAACUUACUCAAGUUCUAUGUGGUGGCCAGAGACCGCGGCCCCAAUUCCAAGACUUCCAAGGUCCAGGUGACUAUCAGCAUCAAGGACCAGAACGACAACGCACCGGCCAUCGAGAUCCGCGGCAUCGGUUUGGUAACGCACCAGGAUGGCGUGGCCAACAUCUCCGAGGACAUGCCCAUCGGUACGCCCGUGGCGCUGGUUCAGGUGUCAGACCGCGACGAGGGGGAAAAUGCAGUGGUGACGUGCGUGGUCGCCGGCGACGUCCCGUUUCAGCUCCGACCCGCCAGCGAAUCGGCCAACGAUCGGAAGAGGAAGUACUUCCUGCAGACGACAACCCUGCUGGAUUAUGAGCGUGUGAAGGAUUACAGGAUUGAAAUUGUCGCUGUGGAUUCUGGGAACCCGGCUCUGUCCAGCGCCAACUCCCUGAAAGUCCAGGUCACAGACAUGAACGACAACACGCCAAACUUUUCCCCUGCGAAGCUUGAGGUGGACUUUGCAGAGGGCAACCAGCCGGGCGACACAAUACUGGCAGUUGUGGCAACCGACGCGGACAGUGGCACCAACGCAGAGCUGACUUACAGCAUUAUCGAGCCCGCGGCCUCCAGGCUCUUUCAAAUCGAUGCCAACACUGGAGAGAUCAGUGUGAAGAACAUGCUGGAUCGGGAAGAGAUGGAGCGUUAUGAGUUCCAAGUUACAGCAGCAGACAAAGGCGUUCCUAGUAAAACUGGCACUUCUACAGUGGUGAUAAAUGUUCUGGACCGCAACGACAAUGACCCCAAGUUCACACUGAAUGGCUACAGCUUCUCCGUCAAUGAGAACAUGCCCCCACUCAAUCCCGUUGGCGUUGUGACCGUCACUGAUGCCGAUAAGGGUGAGAAUGCCGAAGUGAGGCUGUUUGUAGAACCGGACAAUGGCAAAUUUGUCAUCCAGAACGGCACAGGCACUAUCCUGUCCAUCAUCUCCUUCGACCGUGAGAAGGAAAGCACCUACACCUUCCGCCUGAAGGCCGUGGAUUCUGGUGACCCACCCCGAUCCUCCUAUGUGGGUGUAACCAUUAACGUCCUGGAUGAAAACGAUAACGCCCCCUACGUCACCAAACCAGCAAACUCCUCCUACACAUACAUGCAACUCACCAACCAGCCUCACGCACGUGUGGAGAAGGUGGAGGCUGAGGACAUUGAUGCUGGACCCAAUGCUGAGUUGCACUACAGCAUCACAGGCGGAAACCCGUACGGCCUGUUUGAAAUCGCACAGAGCAGCGGGGAGAUCACUCUGGCCCAGCAAUUCACUGGCAAGCAUAACGGGCUACACCGACUGGUAGUGAAGGUGAGCGAUAAAGGGAAACCUCCUCGCCACACCACCGCCCUGGUCCACGUUUUUGUCAACAACACCAAGUCUAACGUCUCCCUCAUUGAGGCGCUGGUCGGACACAGUCUCUACACCCCUCUCGACAGGGACAUUGCCGGAGAUCCAAACUACUCCAGCACUCAGGGCAUCAACAUGGUGUACGGAAGCCUCGCAGGCCUCGCUGGUGUUAUUCUGGUCAUUGUAGCUGUCGUGGUCAUCAGACAGCGGCUGCGGAAGGACACCAAGAGCGGCUACCAGGCCGGCAAGAAAGAGAGCAAGGAUCUGUAUGCCCCCAAACAAGGUCCUAAAAACGGCAAAGGAAAAAAGAGCAAGAAGGGAAAAGCUCCCAAACCGGCCAAACCAUUGGAGGAGGAUGAGGAGGCCAGUCUACAGAAAGGCCUCAAAUUCAACCUCAUCAAUGAUGAUGUCACCGACAGUCCCAGCAUUCACUUGCACCUUAACUAUCCUCCGGGAAGCCCCGACCUGGGCCGCCACUACCGCUCCAACUCCCCCCUGCCCUCCAUCCAGCUGCAGCCACAGUCUCCGUCUGCCUCCAAGAAGCACCAGGCCGUUCAGGACCUCCCUGCCACCAACACCUUCGUAGGAACCGGCGACAACAACUCCACGGGCUCCGACCAAUAUUCGGAUUACAGCUACAAGGUCAACCCGCCCAAAUACAGCAACAAACAGCUGCCCCACCGCCGAGUGACCUUCUCCACGUCCAAUCAGGCCCAGGAUCUGCAGGACGCGUCCCAGCACAGCUACUACGACAGCGGCCUGGAGGAGUCGGAGACCCCCAGCUCCAAGUCGUCCUCGGGGCCUCGGAUCGGGCCCCUGGCUCUGCCGGAGGACCACUACGAGCGGACCACGCCCGACGGCAGCAUCGGCGAGAUGGAGCACCCGGAGAACGACCUCAGGCCCCUCCCCGACGUGGCGAUGACCGGUAACUGCACCCACGAGUGCACCGAGUUCGGCCACUCCGACUCCUGCUGGAUGCCCGGCCAGCCUUCCCCCACCCGCAAGGUGUCCAAGAACGCCCCCAAGCUGUCCACCUUCGUGCCUUACCAGGAGAUGGACGGGCAGGAGCAGCUGAUGGCCAAUGGCAGCCCCAAGCCCCUGAUGACGGAGGAGCGCGGAACCGGUGGCGGCAGCAGCUCCAAAGUGGCCAACAUGCGGUUCAUGACCCCCUACAGCAGUGCCUACCCCGGGGGCGGAGACUCGUCCACUAAAGACUGUGGUCUGGAGGAGAUCCCGCUGAGCCAGGCGGUGGAGUACCACUCAGCCACCACCCCGACUGGCCAGACCUCCAAGAGGGAGAUCUACCUGUGAGAGUGCAGCUCUCCACCUUAAACGCCACAACCACCCCCCCGACCAUCACCCGUCACCCCCCGCCGCUGCUCACCCACCGCCCCCCCCGGCCACCACCCACACCCCCCAGCCCGUCACAGCCACCCCCUGUGCCUAUAACCUGCUGUGCCGCAGCGCCGCCUCUCCUCUCCUUCCUUUUUAUAACUGCACCCACCGUACAAGGCUUUAGACCCCCCCCGCCCCCGUCCCACCCCCUCUGGCCUCCACCCCCCACCUCACCCACUCCCACCACCGCCCCCCUCCCCUCCUCUAGAAACCAAUCAAAUGUAAAAUAUGAAUUGAAAUGAAACGAGAGAAAACACGCGGCCCGUGCUGCCGUGGACGGAAUGUAAACUACACCACCAUCGUUGUGAUAAUUUAAUGGGAAACUAUUUAGCUACUCACGUAUUUGAGUUGGAUUUUUGUGCGUUGCUUUAGGCUAUGUUGCUGUGUUGAAACCGAAAAAGAAAAAACGAAGGAAAAGAACCUCUUGUAAAUCCUACUUAAGUAUACUGUGUAAUGCUAUCUAUCCUCACCUUUUUCUGGAUUGUGUUUUUGCUUUAAUCUUUUUCUCCGUCGACUGCGAAGCCACCGGGAGACACAUCGAAUCAGCCGGGCUCCGUUUUGUAGUUUUCUUUUCUUUUUUUUUAACAAGACGUUUGCAGAAAUGCAGCUGUUUUUCCAUUCGGAGAUGAACUUUUUUCAGUUUUUUUUGGGUUGUGAAGCUGUUUUUUCAGUGUACAGAGCUGUAAAUACUACAAACAGUGACGGGAACCUGCCGUUAAGUGUGAGUCCGCGGCCGUCGGAGCCGUCUGCAGAUCUUCGUUCGAACACCGGAGGCAGCGACGGACUGAAAACCUUUUGCAUGUGCAGAGAAACGACGGCGCGGCGUUCACUGUCACGCUGCAGGAACCUGGACUCUUGAGCAUCACCGACGGUGCCGAGUUAAAACACAAAAGACUUUUUAUGAUUAUGAUUUUGUUUUUCUCCUCUUCUCGACAGGGAAGUUCAAUUUGAGUUUAUGAGGGUGGGAGUGGGAGGGAGGGAGGGGAGGGAUGGGAGGGACGGGGGAGGUGGGGGGGGCACCAAAACAUCAGAGGCAAUUUAUUCUGAAACAAAAGAGAUUUGAGUUCUGCUUGAUACGGCGGAACAGAAGCAGUUAUAUUACUCAUGCUGUUGUCAGUAGUACACCAUACGAUGAUAGGAAUAUGUGCGGGUUUGGAGCUGGUGAUCAAACUAAUUGAUGAGCCCCCCCAGACUUCUUCAGGGAGUCUGGAUUUCUCCUCAAAGGUUUUGACAUAAUCAGCGAAAAGCGAGUCAAGGGACCUGUUGCUUAUAAAGACACUAAUCUCUCCAUCACCACAACCUGCUGAAGUUUUGAGCGUGGAGCUUUAAAAUGUGAAGCUGUGACAUUAGAGAGGAAAGGUUAUCAGGAGCUCAAAGGGUUCAUCCUCUGGGGAGCAGGAAGCGUCUAAAUGUCACGGCUUCAGUGUCUUGGGCUUUUGACAUUUCUUGAUUUAAAGCUGAAACAUCGUGAUUUGCAUGAGAGUGUUGCUGGAUGGAAGCGGCGCCACUCUCAAACAUUUAGUUUUACGCCUUCCACCAGGGGAAUGUGAACAUAUGUGGACAGGGGAUUAUUUUAGAGGGUGACCACGCGGCCCCACGUUGAGGUUUGCAUUAAGAGCCACAUGUGUCCUGGUGGCGGUGGUUUGGAUCAUGCACACACCAGUGUGAGAUUAUUCAUUCACUUUUACUGUUCAGGAUUUUAAAACCUAGAACGCGUCUAAAGACCUGUUGAGGUUGUAGGAGAUGGGAUGUUUGUGUCUGUUCCAUCGAGCUCCUCUAUGUGAUCAUCUGUGGUGGUUCCAGUGUGUUUGUGGUGACUGUGGUGAAUGUUUCCCCCGCUGUGUUUCUGAGCUUGAAGGAGGAGUUCUCUGGUCAGCGUCAGCCUCUUGAGCUCGUCAGCGUGAGGCCGAGCUGUUCGCAGAUCUGCAUUUCCCGCGGUGCUGCAGCCGAUCAGGAAAGCAGGAUUCAUGGCACCUGUAUGGGCUCUGGUCCGCUAACACGGCGCAGCAGAGCGGCUCUAAUUACAACCUGAGGCUCUGCACAUUAACGGCAAUAAUCUGCGCCACUAAAAGCAAGAUGCUCUGGAAGUCCGUUCAUCCUGAGCUUGGUGCUAAUGGCCGCCGGGAAAAUGUGAGGUUUCUCCUGCAGUUCUGCUGAGACCUGACAGAUGAAAGGAAAAGGCGCAAUGAGAGAGAGAGAGAAUGCUGUGAAAUGAAACACAAGUCAUUUAGUCUCAAACUGAGUCUUUAACUCUUCAAACAGAGCUGGUGAGGUUAGUUCACCUGAAUCCAGUCCAGAACUCGCUCCUCAGGAGCGUUUACGUCUGAACGUGUGACGGCAGCAGAACGAUAAAGAGACACAAAACACAAACUGCUGACAAGCUCAGUUAUUACUCUUCAUGUAAUUAGUCAGAGGCAAGUGGAGAUACUUAAAACCUUUCACUCUGCAAAAGAAAACCUGUAAAACUAAUUGGUAAAGUUUCUUUUUUACUGGUGCAAAGGAAAGUGAGGUAACGUUCAGAAAAGUCCUGAAAACUUCAUGCAGGUGGAACAUGUGGACUGUCUCUCCUGUGUUUCAGUCUGAUAAAGAAAACCAGAGGAACUCGUCUGCAGAGCGUCAGUCUAUCCAGGCCACCAGGCCUGUUCUUCUCUCCUCGCUUCACUCCGUCUCUUCACUGUGGUUUUUUGACGCUCACCUGUUCCCGAUCGGAGCCGUAAUUGCUUUUCAUUGUCCAUUUAUUUGUUCUCGGGUGUGGAUUCAGUCCACGGUUCGUCUGACGGCGGCCGACCUGAUUUAUUGUUGACGUAUCUGCCUGUUGAGAAGCCGCUGCCGUUAUUCUCCUGAGCGUAAAUCAACCGUCGCUCAGCCGACGCUCAGCCGACGCUCAGCCCACCUGCAGAUAGAGAUGACCCCCCCUCCACAUCCCCCCGUCUUCCUCUGGUGAUUUAACGCCAGCGCUCAGAGCUCUGAUUGAUUAUUUACAGGCGGAACGUGGAGGUCCGUGUUGAGCCUGGACUCCCAGGUAACCCCCCCCCACCCACCCACCUCCUGGCCGUUGUGCUGCGUAAGGCAAAGACACGAGGCUGGAGGUCACGUAGUGUUGGUUUAACCUCAACUCUUUGGCACCAAUUAACCCCAAAAGAAGAAGAACAACCUGUGGCGACCCCCGGUGACCUCUGCUGGAGAGUUUUGGCUUCAGCUUAAACGAGAAACACAACGGAGACACAAACGCUGCCCGUACGUCUGUGUGUGUGCGUCACUUUAAAUAGAUUUUGCACAGACAUGAAAAAUCAGAGCUUAUUCUUCCCUAGUUACAGAUGCUGGCUGAUGGCCAAAAGUAUGGGGACACCUGAGAAAGAGAUUUUAGAGCUUGUGACGCGGCUGCAGGAACUCGAGUCCUUUACAUGAUGAGGUGAAGUCUUCCACCAAGUUUGGACCAAACUCUUUCGUCCUGGAGCUGCGUCUGUAAACGUGAGCACCGAUAGGUUGAAUGCAUUACAACAUAUUCAUUCAGCAGCAUUUUAUACGUGAAAUGUGUAAAAUAAAUGAGCGAAUAAUACUUAAAUGUUCCAGUUUCACAUUAUUGUGGUGGAAAAUUGGAAAUAAAAUGCAGAGAAUUUUCCUUUAAGGCUGGAAACAGUUUUCAACAACACACAAUCUGACACAACGUGAUGUUCACUGUACAUAAAGGAUAGAAGUGUGUGUGUGAGUCGAAGCAAAGCAAACACUUCCUGCUCCCUCGUGGAACGUCUGAACCCCUCGAUGCCUCCACCACCUCCACCACCACCCAUCAGCCCCCAGGAGAGCUGCUGUCUCACACGCUGUCAGCCUCCCUGUUUGUGUGUGCAGGUGUCUCUGCGUGCAGAGCUUCUAUUUCUUCCUGCUUCACAUUCGCAGUCAAACCCAGUUUCCAGCGACAAAAAUAUGAGCGUACGUGUUUCUAAUGGUAUGAAAUAUCGGUUAUUCUGGUGUGAAAGCGCUCGAUAGACAAGAUAGAAGGGAGAUAUAAAACAGAAACGUAAUGACCCCGUGUUUAUGAAGCCUCAGGCUCGGGGAGAAACACAUUUCUGAGGCUGUGUUAAGCUCCUCAUGGUCCUCAUUUAUCAUCGAAUAUUCCCAAAAAAAUAUCUGAAGGGAGAAGAUAUUGAUCAGAAGAUUCAGAAGUUUUUCUUUUUGCUUCACGCUGACAUGAAUACUUUACCAAUAAAAUAAUAAUAAAAAAAAAACAAAAAGAAAACACGUACAGUCAAAAUAAAGGCCUUCAUUUAAAAAAAGCUCCUCGUAACGUGGGGACCGGGACACAUUGAUUUAGCCUUGAUUUAUUAUUAACCUCUAAAGUGCACCGCUGUAGUUCGCUUCAGAAACACUUUACACACUUACUGGUUUAUGACUUAAAUGCAUCAAUGUCUCCCAGAAACGCCUUGGUUUGUUUUUAAAAGCACACUGGUUUACUACUGACAGGCAUUAUGUAUGCAUGGAGACCACUGCUGCACCAAGCAGAAAAGUUUUGUUUCCUAAAACGCAGACUGCGUCUCUCCAGCCGCCGCUCUCUUAAAGCUGCACUGGUCCACGUUAGGAAUCAUCUCUGAUGAGCUCGACACGAACACGUGUUGCUGUGCAUCCGCAGGACGUUCGCUGCGACAACAUUUCCGACACGAUCACGUCGGAUUAUGCGUUUACCGCUUGUUGUGCUGCCCCCAAGUGGCCAAAAACAGCUUUAAGUGAAAAUUUAAAAGACGUUUCAGUGAAAGAGACACAAUUUACGGAUUCAUGCGCCAUCACACAACUGUAAUGGUUUUUACUAGAAUAUGCUCAUUAAUUAAUGAAUUAACUAAUUAGCUCAGACGCCUCAAACCUUUGACUCAAACGGUUCCAUCCUGCAGAAUAAUCAAUAACCAUCCGUUAAUUACUGUAUGUCUUCACACAUUGUGCAUUUUAAGAGCAGUUUUAAGAGAGCAGGACCUGAGAUGCAGUCUGUAUUUUGUACUUUUAAAACUUUAUUUAACACGAACAAGCCUUGACCCAGCGGUGGAACUGGACCUGUGAGUUCAGCCGUUCGCUGGGAUGUGAAAAAGGCUGCGUUUGGUUCCUGUGCAGUUGCUCUGAAGUCUCACUGUGUUCGGACACAAAGCAGGGUUUCUUUCACUCAUCCUCGGUUUGGACUCUUCUCACUGAUGUUACGAGUCUGUCGAUAACGUUCUGACUCAAUGGAUUCAUCUUUUACUCUCUCUUCCCCUCUGUCCGCUGAUAUCUAGUCCUGGAACGGGCUCGUGCUCCUCGCGUCAUCAUGCUUGGUUUUAUACUUUAGACAUCGGUAAAAAUGUGACAGAAAAGCUCUUUCAGGUCUUUCAACCUCUUGUUUUUUCUUCACAGAUGUUGGUGCUACAUGAACUAAAACUACAUUGACCAAUAAUGCACCUCCUCCUCUUCCAGAAAAGACAGACUCAGCUCCUUCAGAGGUGGAGCGUUUUCGCUGCGACUGCUCGAUUGACUCUGACAGACGAGUAAAAUGAGGAGAGUGCACCUUUAAUAAAACAUGACGUUAUCCACCAUCAGGCGGAUUUAUAUUUUGAGGUCUCGAUCUUUGAAACUGAACAGUUAGUUUGAUUUAUUCCAUCCUUAGCACCAUCAGAAACAAACUCUUCAGGAAGUUUUUGAAUGUUUGCUGCAUCCUGAGUAGAUUUCUGUUCAUCUGUGUCUUAGAAUCAAAAGUCUGAAGUAUAAAACCAAACGAGUGAAGCCGAGGGCUGCGGCCGCGUUUCCUUCGUGAGGUCGUGUGAUGACGUUGGGAGUGUUUUUUUAUUUUUCCUUCUUUGGUUGUGUAUUAUACCGAGGCCGGCGUCUCCGGAAAGACGAGCCUCCAGCUGAGCAUGAAACAAGCCAACUUUAUAAAUAUUAUACAUUUUCGUUGUUGUCGCAGUUGUUUUUAUCAAUGUUAUGGAAUCAACACUGCUAUAGACAUACUGUAUGAAUAUUAAUGGUUGUUGCUGUUUUUUAACCAGACGCGACGGGUGUAAAUGAAGAGGGCGAGGGCAGCAAACUGGACUCUGUGUUUUCUGUUUCUUUACUCCAUCGUGAUCGAAAAGAAAAGGAAAGAAAGAUAAUGUGGGAAUGAAACGCGGGUUUAAAGAAACGCCCCAGGUCAUGAAGCAUGAGCGCAUCCUAGACUAAAUUCCUUUCAAUGAUACGUCCACAUCGCGCUUUUAAAGAAAAAUAACGGUUGAGUCUCAGCAUCGUAGAAUAAAAAUACUAAAAACCUCAAGUAACUACUUCUGUAUAUUUUUACAAACAUGAGCCAACUUCUUGAGAUGAAGAAAUCUGUUGUGUUGGUCCGACGGCAAACAUCAUUUUAUAAAGAGCUGCAUUCAGAUGUUUUAAUUUGUAAUAAUCUAAUAUUUCUGAGAGGAUAGCGUCAAAAAAAAAAAGUUAUUUCAGAUUUAAAAUCUCAGAGUAAAUAAAUGUAAAGCAGGAAUCGUAGAUGGAGGAUGGAGCUUUUCUUUUAUUUGUCUUGAAUUAGAUGAAGUCGGUCAGUGGGACAGAGCUGCUGGAUCACGUUUGUUUUUUACAGGACGUCCACGUUUGUAGCCUAAUUGUUGGUUGGUUAUAUUUAUAUAGGACAAAUGCUAGUGAUGCCUUGUUUUUUGUACAGUUUUAUGUACAUGCAAGUGUAGGUUUUUAAAGAAAAAAAAAAGGAAGAUGAAAAAUAUAUAUAUAUUCAAACACCGUGACGGAAUCUGACCCUGAACCUGUAGGAUUAUAUUGUCUGAAGUACCGUAGGCUCUAUUAAAUGUAGGAGUGAUGAGUCACAGUCAUGGAGGACGGCCUCCAGUCAUCGGCUUUACGCUUUCCGUUCUCUCAUGUCCAUCCAGGCUGAGUCUUUAUGAAACGAGCUGUACAUUGAUUUCGUUCGUUGACCUGUUCCCUUCUUUCUUUCUUUCUUUUCAUUUUUUUUUUUUUUUGCUUUUCUUGGAGGAAGUCGGGUGACGUGUUUAUUGGAGCCUCAUCUGUUCUCUUUUGAUCAGCAUCCGCAUGUUUGACUUUAAAAAAAAAAAUGUGGUCUUUUAUUUUUGCUGAGCAAAUCAAAGAAAUGAUAUCUUGUAAUUACUCCUUCCUUAUAGCUUUACAAUAAAAUAAAUUCAGUGAAA